UGUCACGAGUCUUUUUAUUUCAAUAACAAAAUUUCAUUCACAAAAGAUUAUGUGAAUGACGCGUGUCCCGCGAGCUUAUAUUCGGAGUAGCAGUACUGAUUUGCGCGGGAUAUCGUAGGUCAACUAACCUCGAACACUGGACAAUUUCUUGAUAAUAUAUUUAUAACCGAGUGAUACAUUUAAGUAGUUUUAAAGCAUGGAGAUCCUAGAGGAUCCAGUGUUUAAAUCACAGUACCAGAAAUACAAGAUUCGUGUUAAACUAUGGGAGAGUCGGUUCACUAAGGAGCAUGGUCGGAAGCCAAACAAGAAUGAUAUUAAAGAGGCUGAUAUGAAAAUAAAAGAAUCUUAUAAAAUGUAUUGGAAGCUUAAAACGCAGGCCUUAGAGGAGACGCUUACAGAUAUUACGUUCUCAGAUGACGAUGUUCCCCCUAAAACUGUAGAGAAUACACCAGUUGAUGAAAUUAAACAUAACAAGCCCCUAAGGGACAGCAAUAGCCAAAGCAUAGAGAAUAUGUGCGAGUACGAUAAACAGCAAACAGAAAAUACACAUGAGAAUAGUUCAGAGAAAAUAGAUUUAGGAAGUACAAAUAAGGAGAACGUAGAGAACACUGGAAGCACAAGUUCACAAGAACACAAUUCAUCUGUUACCAACACUCCAAUUGAUAAGGAGAACCCAGACAAUAAAGAUAAUGAGAUUUCCAAAACAACAGAUAUACAAGAUGGAAGGCAAUCUGCUCUUGAUAAUGUCAGUGAAAAUAAAGAUGAAUAUAAGAAUGUAAAUGGUGUAUGGGGUGAUCAUUUAAGUAAAGCUAAUGAGCAAGUACCCAAAAAGAAGCAAUCGCUGCUCGUGGGUCGAUCAUCGUCAUUUCAGUUGUCACAAAAUAAAUUUACAAGUCUAAGCCUUACAAAAAGAAAUCCUAGAAAAUCUUUGUCUGCACCAAAGCUAAAGAAAUUAACAUCUCAUAAAGAUAUCAACGUUAGUAAGAACGUGCCAGAGCAUGGAGUAAAUACCGAAGGGAGUAAUACAGAUAGUUUAGUCGUUGAAGAAACGACGUCUGCGUUUGGUGAAUCGGUAAAAGUAAGUUACAUGGAGAACAAACCUGCCACGCAGUCAAUCGCCACUGUGCAACAGUUGAUUGAAGGGUACACGGUUCAUAGAAAUAUAAACGCGGGGUGGCUCGAUAGAUGUUCAAGGCAAAGUAAUUUGACCUGUCCAGUACUCGAUUCCAAGAGGCUUUCUGGGACAAGUGACUCUGGGAUCGAACUGGUAGACUCCAAUGUUCAAUCGCCUAAAGAAAAUGUGCCAGUGGCGGAGUCGCAGAAAUCUUUUCAAAUAUCGGAUGAAGAGGAUUUUGUUUGCAACAGUGAUACGGAAGAGGAAUUAAGAAAGAAGCGUAUAAGGAAUUUUAAAAAGAGGCUCAGUGAUCAAGAAAAUCCGUCUAAAAAAUUGUGUACAACUACUUAUGACAACUUAAAUACAAUGCAAACCUUGAGGUCCAGUACUAAUGACAAUACGAUUUUCAACGUGGAAAAGAAUAUUAUCUUAAACGAUCCUAAUAUAACUACGGUUGAAAUCAAUGACGCGAAUAAUAGUACAAAUGAUAUUAAAGAUUGUAAUAAAAAAAUUGAGAAUGUAUCAGAAACCGCCGACACACAUGAGACUGUCGAAAAACCUAGGCCCGUGAAUCGUAAAAUACGAAGGAGAAUUAAGCACAUUUCGUCCGAUGAUUCUGAUUCUGAUUAUAAUGAAAAUAGUGAGGAAGAAGAAAAGAAAACUAGAACAAAACGAGUUGGCAAAACCAAAGGAUCGGCUACAACAAGUAAAAAUAAGAGUGGAACUAAACCCAAGAGGACCUAUAGAAAAAAGAUGGAUCUACAGGAUGAGGAUGACGUUUCGGGAAUUGGUACAACGAGAAAAAGUAAAGGCACUAAGAAAACCAAGAAUGAAGCUAAACCGAAACGAGCGACCAGGAAGAAGAAAGAUGUAGAAAGUGAACCUGAUAAUGAUGAUCUCGAAACUGAAGGAAGUAAAAGAAAUCAUAUAUAUGGGAUAGAAACACUUAAAGCUGUGCCGCGUUUCGCGAUCAGUAAAAGCAGUCAAGGAGAUCUCAUUCAACAAUUCGCUACAUCUGUUUCAUCCAAAGACGACACAGAAUCUACUAUAGUACCUCGGUCAACGAAAGGAAAAUACUUAACGGAUAAAGAAAAAUUGGAAAAGAAGAUAGCUGAUGGAAAAAUGAAUGAAAACUUUGUUCGAAUAAACUUGAAGAAAAAAGUAUUUGUACGCGGUAAGAAACAUUUCAAUUUCUCGAAAUAUAAAAAAAACCAGUGGAAGGAAAGGAAAAAGGAACUCGAAUCUGGCGAGGGUAGUUUGGCAGUAGCUGAUUUCGUUGAGAAAAUUGGCACGCACGGUUGCUUUAUCUGCGGAGAACGUGGUCAUUUUUCGAGAAGAUGCCCGAAGAGAAAGGGUGACGAUUUAGUACCGUUAGACGAAAUAGACGAAGACUCGGAAUUCCCAACUUUGGAACAAGCGCAGGAGAUGGCCAGUAAAAAUGCGAUCGUUGCACAUGCUUCUAGAAUCGAUCGCUUACCGGAAAAACCGUCGUACUCGUCUAUUAAGACGGGCGAGUCGGCAGAACCAACGAACGAAGAGACUAAACAUUGGAACGAUGAUUUAUGGGAACCGAUCGAGGAUGAAGAACUUUUAUGCGGUCACAAAAUUCCCGAAGAAUUGGUCCAACAACUAUUACCACCGGAGAAGGACGUCGUGCAACCACUAUAUCGACCUAACGAAGAUCAAUCAUUGAUAGAUACACCGACUGAAGUUUUCGAAACGUUGCGAAUGUUUGGCCACACAACGUUCAGACCCGGACAGGAGAAAGCUAUAAUGAGAAUACUUUCUGGCCAGUCAACCCUAGUGACAUUGUCUACUGGCUCUGGAAAGUCUCUGUGCUACCAGUUACCAGCGUAUCUAUAUUCCAAAUAUUCAAAUUCCAUCACUUUGGUCAUAUCACCUUUGGUAUCCUUGAUGGACGACCAGGUAACCGGCGUGCCAGCGUUCUUGUCUGCAGCUUGUCUGCACACGAAUCAAACGCAGAAAGUAAGGGACAACGUUAUGCUAAUGGUGAAGAACGGGCAACUGAAUAUUUUGUUGAUCUCUCCAGAAGCAGUAGUCGCUGGAGAGAAAUCGACUGGUUUCGGUGCGUUACUUAGGCAGCUUCCACCGAUCGCUUUCGCGUGUAUAGACGAAGCUCAUUGCAUUUCUCAAUGGUCUCAUAACUUCCGCCCGUCUUAUCUCAUGGUCUGUCGAGUCCUUAAAGAAAAAUUACGUGUCAGAACUGUGUUAGCUCUCACCGCCACUGCCACAAAAUCGACGGCAGAAAGCAUAGUCAGCCAUUUAGGUAUACACGACGGCAUGGCAGGCGUUAUCUCUGAUAUUCCAAUGCCAAGAAACUUGCUGCUGACGGUGUCUAAAGAUGAAAACAGAGAUCGUGCUCUGGUCAAUUUACUGUUAAGCGAGAGGUUCAAGGAGUGCGAUUCGGUUAUCGUUUAUUGCACCCGCCGUGAAGAAUGCGUAAGGAUCGCGGGCCUUCUGAGAACUUCUUUACAGAACACAAAUAAUUACGAGAACUCGAAAAGUAAACUGUCUUCUAUCGCCGAAGCGUAUCAUGCUGGUUUGUCAGCUUAUCGUCGAAAAACUGUACAGAAGGCGUUUAUGAAUGGGCAAACUAGAAUUGUCGUAGCUACCGUAGCUUUCGGUAUGGGUCUUAACAAGCCAGACAUUCGUGCCGUUAUUCACUACAAUAUGCCCGGAACUUUUGAGGGAUACGUUCAGGAAGUUGGGAGAGCUGGACGAGACGGACUCCCAGCGCACUGUCAUUUAUUCUUAAAUCCGACGGAGGACAAAGAUAAGUGGGAAUUACGGCGGCAUAUUUAUGCCAACGGAGUGGACAGGCAUAUGAUUAGACGUCUAUUGCAAAAAGUUUUCAUCCCAUGUUCUUGCGGCAAGUUACGCGAAAAGAAUGCGAGUUACAGAUGCCCGGGUCACGAAGUGGCGAUACCAAUCGAUGAGACAGUCGAGGCUCUAGAUAUUCCCGAGGAGAUAAUUUCCACUCUAUUAUGUUACCUCGAACUACAUCCCCGAAGAUUUAUUACCGUUCUGUCUUCCGUAUAUGUUAAAGCCAGAGUCUCGAGUUAUAACGGGCCCCAAGGUUUAAAACAAGCCGCACAAUCGUCGCCGCCUCUGGCAAUGGCGAUAGCGAUGGAGUUGCAAAAAGGUGUUUCUCACGAUGAUAGUAGCGUGAUCGAAUUCCCUGUAGUAGACAUAGCAUCCGCCAUCGGAUGGGACAGCGGGAUUGUCAAGAGUCAUCUCAAAAAUUUGGAAUGGAAGACAGUUAAUGGUGCGUCGAAGCGUUCAGCUAUUUCGGUACGAUACGAUACACUUGGUCUGAGGGUGAAAGCCCCAGGGGACUUGACGGAUGAGGAACUCGACGAAGCUCUUGAUGCUCUAUAUAGUCGCACUCAGACACAAGAAAAUGCAGCUUUGCAACAACUCGAGACAAUUGGCGUGACACUUCACAAGUUCAGCGUGUCGAGUGUGAACCAGUGUCUGGCAGUGAAUGAUGAGAUGAACUCGAGAUCUGAUCAAUUAAAAGAUGUAAUUCGAAGUUACUUUGCAGAAGGAACGCUACUAGAUAUAGAUAUGAAACGACGGAAGGAAUUGGAGAAUGAAGCUCAAAUAGCUAGUGACGUACGGAAUUUGAUUAUGAGUUAUAGAGAUAAUAGUUUCACUGGACGCGCCGUCGCGCGAAUCUUUCAUGGUAUACAGAGUCCGAAUUACCCUGCCUACGUUUGGAACAAGUGCCGCUUUUGGAGAGCUCAUCUUCCUUCCGAUUUUAAUGCCCUGUGCCUGAUCGCGACGAGAGAAAUUUUAGCUCUACGCUGAGAUUAUCUCGACUGAUUUUAAGGGAAUUUCUUCGAUGUUAGAGAUUAGAAAUCUUUUUUGUUUAUUAAUGUUCACGCUGUGCGACUUGAUACAUAUAUUUUAGGAUGACACUGUUAGUGGUGACUUGAGGUGACCGAUAUGUAACGAUCGAUGAAUUUUAUUUUUUUCAACGUACAACUCGAGUGAUUAUAUAAACAGUUUAUUAUAUCGAUAACAAGCGACAAAAUUCGUGUAAACCAUACGUCGGUAUGGGAAAUGUGAAAAGUGUCUUAGAAAAAUUGAUAUAUUUUUACAUUUAUAAAGUAAAAAUUUUAGUAUAAAUAUUUUCCUCUAGAAAAAUAGCAAUACGCACAUCUUUGUAACUUGAACAUGAAAUAAUAAAAACAAUAAUAUAUUUUUA